ACUUUUGGCCACCGCGCCGUGCAGAUGCACAAGCAGCCGGGGCAGGGUUUCUUUUCCUUUUGUGUGUUGAGCAGACAGCAGCUACAGCUGUGCCUUUCAACCACKCUAACCUGGGAGAAGCGCAGAGAUGUUCCUGCCAUGCCUGAGAGGGGUCAUAAGUUGUUAAUGGCUCUGUCAUCACAAAGGAAGCAAUCAUUCGGUCARACUGUCAGCAGAAAAACUAUGUGUCGAUCAGAAAAGGUCACCAGAACGAUGGCCUCGCAGGAGCAGGUCUGGCCAGUCCCAAUGAAGGCAAUUGGAGCACAAAACCUUCUGACAAUGCCUGGAGGAGUCACCAAAUCAGGGUAUCUUCAUAAAAAAGGAGGCACCCAGCUGCAGAUCCUGAAGUGGCCRUUGAGAUUUGUGAUUAUCCAUGAGGGAUGUAUCUACUAUUUUAAGAGCAGCACAUCUGCAUCUCCCCAGGGUGCMUUUUCUUUGAAAGGUUACAACAGGGUUAUGCGGGCAGCUGAGGAGACAACAUCAAGCAAUGUGUUUCCUUUCAAGUUAGUUCAUAUAAGCAAGAAGCACAGGACGUGGUUUUUUUCAGCUUCUUCCGAAGAUGAAAGAAAGAAUUGGAUGCUAUCCUUGAGGAGGGAAAUUGAUCACUACCAUGAGAAGAAAGAAACAGUAAUAGAAUUCAGUGACUCWGGUUCUGAUGCAGACAGUUUCUAUGGCUCAGUAGAACGUCCCAUUGACAUCAAGUAUUCCCAUCAUUCAGCAGAUAAUGAAGAUUACGACCAGGAGGAAGAGGAUGAGUCUUAUUUGCAGCCGGAUACUACUGACAUAGUGAAAGAUGAUAUGGUCAUGCCCCCUGCGUACCCACCUCCACCCGUUCCUCACGUCAGGAAAUCUCCCUUCUCGGAAGCGAGGUCACAUUCCUAUGCUGGCAAACCAACUUCACCAGUACCACCACCWCCUCCUAAAAGGAGCUUACCUGAUAUCAAACUAGAGGAUCUCGUGAAUGUCAAAGAGCCCCAGUUACAGGGCCGAGCUGAGCCUAAUCUAAAGGUUCAAUCCCCGAGCCGGAGACUGACUGAACAGCCRCCCCCUGUGCCCCCUUUACCUGUGUUCAAAAAGCCUACAAGUGGAAAAGAGUCUCACCCAUUGCCUCCAGAGCCUCUGCCUGCARCCCAAGUCCUCACUCCUCCAGAAGCAUGGGAGAAACUAAAAAACUUAAACCUUUCCCUGCGGACUCCUCCUCCUCUGCCAGSCAAUAAACCCAAGCUGUCACAGCUUGCUGAAAAGCCAGCAGAGUCCAAAGUGCCAAGAGAACAUGGKAAACCUGGACUGUUUGUGCCACCAGUGCUCCCAAAGCCACCUGUGCCAAGCCACCAGCUCCCUGCAGUCAAGCCUAGAACAGAGAAGUCUUCAUGUCCCCAGUUACAGAGAUCACCACCAGAUGGACAGAGUUUUAGAAGCUUUUCAUUUGAAAAACCAGCACUACCCUCCAAGCCAAGCCAACCUGAUGAUGACUCUGACGAUGAUUAUGAAAAAGUUGGGCUGCCUGCUUCAAUAUUUCUUAAUACCUCUGAAUCCUUYGAAGUUGAAAGGAUAUUUAAAGCAAAUAGCCCACAAGGACAACCACAAAAUGGAUUGUACUGUAUUAGGAACUCAUCUACUAAGGCUGGAAAGGUAYUGGUUGUAUGGGAUGAACCUGCAGGAAAAGUGAGAAACUACAGAAUCUUUGAAAAGGAUGGCAAGUUUUACCUGGAUUCAGACAUCAUGUUUUUGAACAUGGGAAGUUUGGUGGAAUACUACAGUACUCACAUCUUACCCAGUCAUGACAGCCUGAUGCUUCGGUGUCCUUAUGGUUACUCUAAGCCAAGGUGACAUGACAGCCACAGYUGACUGACACCCUACUGCCCUUGAGGACAGGACUCCUGCCACUGYUGGACAUCCUGUUGCUUGCACACACAAACUGAAUCUGUUUCCACCAUUUAUUCUCACAUGAAUYGUUACAUAAAUGCCAUUUAAUGAACUCUUGGUAAAACCUCACCGUCCACAUCAGCGAACUGUAUGGUCUUUUCUUUUACAAAGAUCUGAUUGUGCUGUGAAAGCUGCCCAGGACACCCAUACCUUUUAUAAAGCUGCUGCUAUUACUAAUCUCCUUGGAAUGUCAAAGAUGAACACAARGAAGUGAUCUGAAUACAACUGAUCCAGAAAAUGGAUACUUCUGAMAGUAUGUCAGAAUUUGUUUGUGACAGGGAAUACUAAUACUCUGACUUGGAGGUACUACUCUUACAGUCAGCAUUGGUGCUCUGAGAUGUUUUGUAUUACUUGUAUAGUUAAUGUGUACAUAAUGAAGAUUUCUGUGCAAAUUAUUUGAUUUACUACAGGUAAAGAUGAUCAGGAAAUGYGGCUUUUUUUUAAGCCAUCUCAUUGGUCCUUGUACCUUCUGAGUACAGUAAUCACUAUCAGGUACUAUCUGGCUGAUAUGGUUGUGGCAUCUCAUAUACUCCUUAAUGACAUGCACUUCAGAUAAGUGUGGAACAACACUGAUUUGGCUUUCAUGGGAGCCCCAUUACCUAGUUCUGAACUGGAAGGGUUUGUGCCACUUGCACCAAAUUAUGGGAUAUUUAAAGGGUAUGAGAAAAGAGAAAGAGCUACUUGAGAUUUAGGGGGAAGGGAAGGGAGCCAUUUGAAUAUUCCAAAUUCCAACUAUCAGUUUUCUCUCCCAUUGCCACAGUCAAAGGUUUUUUAAAACAAAGCACAAAAAAGACCCUGAAACCGUGUUUGUGAAGCUACUGUCACUCCAUAAAUCCUUGUGGUCAGACUUUUAGGAACAAGCUGUCAGCCCAUUGCAUUCUUUUCUAUUCUAGGGCAAAACACACUACCCUAGUCUGCUACCAAGAAUUUUUCCAUUAUCAAAAUUUCUACUCAGUUUGUAGUUGCAUGCAAAACAUAAUCUGGUUUUAAUAUAUUGUCAGUGAUAGAUAUUACCAAGGUGCUUCUAACAUUUGUUCCCAAAUAUUUUGGGGACAGGUAUCCUAAAUCUAAGGGCUUGAUAUUUAUGCCAAAAUUACUCAAUUCCUAAAUUUUAAUAUGAGAGAAAUUUAUUUUAAUAUCUUUUAAGUAAUUCUAUUGAUACAAAAAUAGUGUCAUAAYGGUCUCAUACUCUAAUAAUGUUUACAAGACCUGUAAUAAUAGUAAGAAAAAUUCCACCAUUCCUGAAACAGGAGAAGAUAUCUAGCUUUUAUCAGUUUGAAUCUGUAUCCAUAAACUUUUUUUUUAUGUCUGUUACCUUUUCAAAGUUUAUACAUGCCUAUUUUAAUCUUGUUACUAUUAGAUGGUCACAACUUUAAAAUCAUAACAAAAUCAUUACAGAAUAAGAAUUUGCUUUUUUAUGAAAAUAAUAAACCAGGUUUUAGUUGCUAAGGAAUUUUCCUUACUAUUGGAUGGAAGAUGAGGAUCAUGCACAGAUAUUGAGGCAGAAAACUGCCUCCAUCUUUUUCAAGAGACACAGAUAUAUAGAAUAUCAGUCUUUUGAUCUCUGUUCCCACUGUUGUAGGGCAUAUGUGUGAAAAAAAUGUGAAGAACUUAAAAUUCAGAUUCUGCUAAGUAUUGGAUAUUUUAAGUCUAAUUUAUUGUCUUUAAAAUUAGCAUCCCUGUGGUUCACUACCCUGACAUGAUCCUCUCUAAAGGAGGCUCAGCUAAGACAGCAUUUGAAAAAACAUUUUAGGUAAAUAGUUAUAUGCAUAGCAGAGUAAGUUCAAGUUUGUUGCAAUAUUCACACAUAUUGCCUACAGAGUAAGAUUUUCUCUGUCUGGGAAUAAUUCACUUCGUUGUGUCUUGACAGUCAUAGUAUUCUCUCUUUGGGGCCCUAUUCAGAUAUUUGAUUUUUUUUCAACCUUACACUCAGAAGAUUUUUAAAUUGUAAAAAUCCAUUUAAGAUGCAACACACUCUUUACCUGUGUAAUACAAGAGUUGCAAAUAUGUAAAAUUUUGUGUUAAUUCCCUUUUGUAUCUAAAUGUAUAGAUUUCUGAAAUGGAUAAACUUUCAAUGCCAGUUUACCUCAUUUUGUGCACUUGUCUUUGA